CAUCAGCUUGCCAUUCUUCGUCCAACCCACUCACGACUUGCGAUUGUGAAUGCUGCCUCUGCACAGACCUGGUUCAUGCUACAUCACAGUCCGCAUCCAUUCAUCUCCAAUCGAUCUGCGUCGCUCCAAAGUCAUCUACUCAAUAGCUUCCCCACACCACCCCCACCCCCCCGGUUCUCCUGCUCUCUGCACCAGAACAACCUUUCCCGUCCGCCAUGCUUGGUUCGAGAGCCAGCAGCGUGUCGCGCAUGGUCGCCUCCAGCUCCAGAGUGCACGCAAGCAGAGAGCUCCACUCGAGCGCUAGCAAAAAUGCGGUUGCGCCAUUCACAAUGCCUGCCAUGAGUCCUACCAUGACCGAAGGUGGACUGGCCACCUGGAAGGUCAAGGAGGGUCAGCCUUUCAACGCGGGCGAUGUCUUGCUAGAGAUUGAAACGGACAAGGCGACGAUGGAUGUUGAAGCGCCAGAGGAUGGCGUCAUGGCAAAGAUUGUGGUGGGCGAAGGGGAGAAGAAUGUGCAGGUGGGCAGAAUCAUCGCCAUGCUUGCAGAGCAAGGUGAUGACAUUUCGAGCGUAGAGGUACCGUCGCAAGCCACGUCGAGCGAAGCGAUCGGGCAAUCGGAUGCCGCGUCUUCGAGCUCAAAAAGCAGUGUCGUAGAGACAAAAAGACCUCAAAAGACUCCACCGCCAUCACCGUCUAGCUCUUCGCAGCAGUCGACCCAGACCCACGCAUCGAUGCAGCACGACGAGCGAAUCUUUCCAAGCGUUGCGCGUUUGCUGGCCGAGCAUCAUCUGAAGGCAUCAGAGGUCAAGGGGACGGGCGUCAGAGGCAUGCUCACGAAAGGUGACGUCCUCACCCACGUGGGCAUCGCCAACAACCCGAGUGGAUCUGCAAAGUCGACUUCGCUUGGCGUUGCGGCGCUCGGUGGACCUCCGAAGCAAGGUGAUAAGAAGGUGGGCACGCCCGAAGGCAGCAGCGCUAGAACCGCGCCAAGUGAGCCACUGAGCGGCGCGCAAGUCAGGUCUCUAAUUCUUGGUGGUCUAGCUUCUUCCUCCAAAUCGGCUAGAGUCUCCUCCCAAUCCGCCGCACCAAGCCAGGCGUCUAUCCUCGACGACUUGCUUGCCGAUUAUCGCUUUUCCUCCCAACGCGCUAGAUCCUCUCAGCCUGCACCCGCUUCAGCAUCAGACAAGUCCAGGCAAGCAGCUUCGGACGCUCUUGCCGGACUAUUGUAGAGUUGCACCCAUACGUCCAGCCGCACUCCUCACUAGACGCUCUCAAAGCAAAAAUCUCACAGCGACUCAUGGCGCAAUUUCCAAA